AUGGGACUACCUUUCGGUUCCAAGCCGCAGGCCAACAGCCAGCCCGUUCCCGAGCACUCACAGUCCGACUCUGAAGCGUCCAUGAUCCGCGAUGGCGAUCUCACCUACGUACGUCAAACAGCUGGAAAUGGCGCUACAGGAUACCAGGAAGCUGUCGGUGCUCCCGUCGAGACACGCUCACCGCUGGGAUACCACGUCAACUGGCUGACUAUCAUCUUCCUCAACCUCAAUCACAUGGUCGGCACCGGCAUUUUCUCCACGCCAGCUACUAUCCUACGGCUCACAGGCUCAGUCGGUCUGGCUCUCGUUUAUUGGGUCAUUGGCUUCCUCUUGGCUGUAGCUGGUCUCGCUGUCCACAUGGAGUUCACCAGCUAUUUUCCCAACCGCAGUGGCUCAGAGGUUGUCUGGCUCGAGCAAGGCUUUCCCCGACCGAAGCAUCUUUUCCCCGUUGCCUUCGCUGUACAGUCUGUGCUGCUAUCCUUUAGUAGCAGUAACGCAAUUGUCCUUUCCAACUACCUCUGGCGUAUUGUCGGCCGCGCGCCGGAUCCCUGGGAGCUCAAGGGUGUUGCGAUUGCAGCUUACACGCUGGCUGUCAUUACUGUUAUCAUACAUAACAAAUAUUCCCUAUGGGCGAUAAACGUUAUUGGUGCUUUAAAAUUGCUUUUACUAUUGUUUAUCUCCAUCUCGGGCCUUGUCAUCCUUGGAGGUCAUUUUCCCCGGAUCGAGAACCCAGGCAUCAACUUUCGCCAUGGCUUUCAAGACACAACUUCGAGCGGCUAUAGUCUUUCUCAAGCCAUGGUCAACAUCACAUUUGCCUUCUCAGGUUGGCAAAACGCUUUCAGCAUGGCAAACGAGAUCAAGAAUCCUAUCCCCACCUUGAAAAAGAAUGCCACGGCUUCCCUGCUCAUUGUCUUCUCUCUAUACUUCCUCUGCAAUAUUGCCUACUUUGCCGCGGUCCCCAAGGACAUAUUCCUCGAGUCUAGAGAGCUGGCUGCCGCUGUCUUCUUUCGUACAGCCUUUGGGUCUUCAGCAGAGUCCGCCCUCAACUUUUGUGUCCUCUUGAGCUCCUUCGGCAACCUCCUAGCCGUUCUUAUCAGCCAGUCCCGUCAGAUCAGAGAGAUCGCGCGUCAAGGUGUUCUCCCGUGGACCGAAUUCUGGGUUUCAACUAAACCCUUCGGGACUCCCAUCGGCCCAUAUCUACUCAAAUGGGGGUUCACCUUCCUGAUGAUCGUCGCGCCUCCAGCAGGGGAUGCAUUUCAGUUCGUCGUCUCUCUCAAGACAUACCCGGAUGCCAUAUUCCAUACUGCUAUGGGUGUUGGCCUUAUACUGAUUCGUCGCCGUCGUUCACGCUCCGGAACUCCUAGAUCCAACUUUCGAGCAUGGUGGGCUCUCGUUAUACUGUACCUCUUGGCUCAAGGCUUUCUACUGGUCAUGCCCUGGAUUCCCCCAGUGGGUGGCAUUUAUUCUGGAACAGUUAGUUUCCUAUGGUGUACCUACAUGAUUGUCGGGCUUGGAAUCAUGGCAAUCUGCGGCAUCUACUAUUGGAUUUGGAUGAAGGUGCUUCCCCGCUGGGGUAACUACAGCAUUCGAUCCCAAGUUAUCUCUGUCGAUGACAAUGGCGCCAACACACAUCCACUUUUACGGGUGCCUAAUUCUGAGGUGGCUGAGUGGGACGCUACCCAUGAUGAUCUCGGACGGGAUUUAGCCCCUCAGAGGGUAAUUAGGAGAAGCAAUAGCAACUCAGAGAAGUAG